AUGGCGACAAAGGUGCAUACUGUUGCACAGACAGGCUUCGGGACUGGGACGAAUGAGCUUUAUGAUCGGGCUCGCCCGUCGUACCCAGCGGAGUCACCUUUGAACAUCGUCGAAAUUGGGGCAGGGACAGGUAUUUUCACCCGUGCCUUGUUAGCUCACCCUGAGUGGGCUACGAGCAUUGGCACGCUGAGGGCUGUCGAACCUAGCGACGGCAUGUGUGAUGUGUGGACGAAGACUGUCAAUGAUGAUCGCAGUACCAUUGUCAAAGGAACAUUUGAUAACACUGGUAUCGAAGAUGGGUGGGCAGACCUUAUUAUUAUCGCACAGGCUUUCCAUUGGUGCCCCGACUAUGGGAAAGCAUCGGCUGAAUUCGCCCGUAUCUUGAAGAAGGACGGUGCAGUUGUGUUUAUAUGGAACCUUGAAGACAGAGAUGGUGCAGGCUGGGUUGCGCAACUCCGUGACCGCAUCGAGGUUCAUGAGAAAGGGACACCCCAAUUUCGCCUCGGUCUCUGGAGGAAGACGUUCUCUACACCUGAGUAUAUCUCCUCGUUCCACCCUCAGGAUGAGGAAGAAUGGGCAUACCAUCUUCUUGCUAGCGAGCAAAUUGUUACGGAUCGCGCUAAGAGUAAGAGUUACAUUACCAUGCUCCCUCCAGAUGAAAAGGCCAAGGUAGUGGAGGACGUCAAAGGUAUCCUUGAGCGGGGAGAUGAUAAAGUCUGGAUUAACAAGGAGGAAGGCACGUAUCAAUAUCCAUAUAAGACUUACAUAGUGGUAUCUAGAAAGAAGUAG